GUAUUUUUUUUGCUUUUGAUGACGCGAACCAAAUAUAAUUCAUUUCUCUCAUUAAAAAAAAGGAAUUAAUUCACCAGAGAUUCUUUUAACCCCAAUUUUUCCCGCCAAAAACUCUUCGUCCCCAAUUCACGCGCCGGCGCCGCCGGUGACAAAGCAAAACCCUUCCGACGCCGGAAAAAUCAGAUGGAGGGCAACGUUCACAGCAAAGAACUGGCGGCGUAUUUGCUAAAGCACCACUCGGAGCAGCUUAGGUCCAUCAUUCUGGCUGCUGAUCCUCGACUUCACUAUUCCCUCUGUGUCGAUUUUGCGGAGAUAAUGGAUGACAAUCCAGCUCUUUCUCAGUUCAUUUUCGCUAAACCUACGGAGUAUUUACCGCUCUUUGAUGAAGCUGCCGUCUGGGCUCAGAAAGUUAUUUUGGCUGAUCUUAAACAAUGUGAAAACGCAAGCGCUAAGGACAACAUACAUGUUCGUAUUAAUAUCAGUGGUUCUCCUCUUGAAUGCCCCGAGACUUUUCCCAGCAUUGGCCGUGUCAGGGUGAAGCAUCGUGGGAUUCUUCUUACUAUCAAAGGGACUGUGAUCAGGUCUGGAGCAGUGAAGAUGAUUGAAGGGGAGAGGAUAUAUGAGUGUCGGCGAUGUAAACACAGGUUCAAGGUUUACCCAGAGGUGGAAACGAGGAAUUCAAUCCCAAAACCAAUUUUUUGUCCCUCACAGAGGUAUCAAAUUUGUGAAAGCACAAGUUUUCAGCUUGUAGAAGACAAUAAGAUCUGUCAUGAUUAUCAGGAGAUUAAAAUCCAAGAAAGUACCCAGUUAUUGGGUGUUGGGGCUAUUCCUCGCUCUGUUCCUGUCAUUCUGAAGGAUGAUCUUGUUGACAUGGUUAACGCCGGAGAUGAUGUGAUUGUCACUGGUAUCUUAACUGCCAAAUGGUCCACUGAUUUAAAAGACGUUCGCUGUGACCUUGAUCCGGUACUAAUUGCCAACCGUGUAAGAAGAAUGAAUGAGCUGAAGUCAGAAAUAGAUAUCCCCGAUGAUGCUGUUCUGAAAUUCAAGCAGUUUUGGACUGAAUUCAAAGAUAUUCCUUUAAAGGGUAGGAAUGCAGUGCUACAAGGUAUUUGCCCGCAGGUCUUUGGGCUUUUCACUGUUAAGCUGGCAGUGGCAUUGACGCUUAUUGGAGGUGUCCAACAUGUUGAUGCUUCUGGAACAAAAGUUAGAGGAGAGUCUCAUUUGCUUCUUGUUGGUGAUCCUGGCACUGGGAAGUCACAGUUUCUGAAGUUUGCUGCUAAAUUGAGCAAUAGAUCCGUCAUUACGACUGGGUUGGGAAGCACUAGCGCUGGAUUGACUGUUACCGCAGUUAAAGAUGGAGGAGAGUGGAUGUUAGAAGCUGGUGCCCUUGUAUUAGCAGAUGGUGGUCUCUGUUGCAUUGAUGAGUUUGACAGCAUGAGAGAGCAUGACAGAGCAACCAUCCAUGAGGCAAUGGAGCAGCAGACGAUAAGUGUUGCAAAGGCUGGUCUUGUGACAACUCUCAGUACAAGGACAAUUGUCUUUGGAGCAACAAAUCCCAAGGGGCAUUAUGAUCCUGAGCAGCCUUUAUCCGUUAAUACGACGCUCUCUGGCCCACUGCUGAGCAGAUUUGACAUAGUCCUAGUUCUCUUAGACACUAAAAACCCAGACUGGGAUGCUGUUGUUUCUUCACACAUUCUUGCCGAGGCAGAAACCAAAAACCACAAUUGUGAAGAGGAUCUAGGGGCUAUCUGGCCACUUCCAAUGCUCAGAAGUCUGAUGACAUCUUGUAGGUACAUCCAAUUUGUGAAGAAAUACUUUAGACCAGUCCUCACAAAGGAAGCAGAAAAGGUUAUCUCAAGCUAUUACCAACUGCAAAGAAGAUCUGCCACUCAAAAUGCAGCAAGAACAACCGUGCGCAUGCUGGAGAGCCUGAUAAGACUUGCCCAAGCACAUGCAAGACUAAUGUUUAGAAAUGAGGUCACUAGAUUGGAUGCGAUCACUGCCAUCUUAUGCAUUGAAUCAUCUAUGACUACCUCGGCUAUAGUGGACAGCAUGGGGAACGCAUUGCACUCCAACUUUGCAGAAAAUCCUGACCAAGAAUAUGCCAAACAAGAAAGACUGAUCCUUGGGAGUUUGUCUCUCCUAGACGAAUUCUCUGAAGUAAUCAGCUCCGGAGAUCAAUAUGCGGAUAAAGUUCAAUCUGUAUCCUAAGAGCAGGUAAUUAGAAUGACUGUUGAAUGCUGAUUCUCUCUCUCCUCCUCUCGCUCUCUCAUGAUUCAGCAAAAAGGAUAUAAGGAGUAAGAGGCUAUUUAACAAAUAUACUCCAUUCUCUAUACCUUUAAAAGCUCUCCUAUUUUGUUUUUCACACAACCCACAUGAGUCAUAAUGGAACAAUGCCUAAGGACCUUUGUCUUGUCUUAGUUUUCUAAAGGUGGAAUUUCCUCGACAGUGUGUGGCAUCACUCAUUGUAGCCCAAAUGAUCACAAGAUUUUCCAGCCACGUCUUUGCCGAACUCUUACACAUAAAACACUAACCAACUUAUGUAAUCAUCCUUCUCCAUGAGAUUUCAGUCAUCAAAAUUGCUUCUCGUUGCUGCCAAUCAAGUUGAGAAACUCACCUUUCUUCCCGUUUGCUUAAACCUUGGUGAGAAAGUUACCCAGUGCCUGUGAUGGUGAAAGGUUGCAUGUGUCUGGUGAGAUAGUCGAGGCACAUACAAGCUGGCUCAGGCAUUACCCUCAUGAAAAAGAAAUACACUUCUCAAGGCGCACUGGGAAUUCAAAUUGAUAGGCACAAGUAGAUGCUUUGUGUGAGGACUCAGCAGAAUCAAUUCAUUGGAAUUUUACUUGGUAGAUUUUGUCCAUGUUUCUAAAUAUAUUUGGAGUAUGGUGAGUAGUGCCUCAGAGUUUUAAGAGAUUAUUGUGCUACCGAAGAUCUUUGAUUUGGCAAAAGACAGAAGAUUCCUUAAUGUAUAUUGCUUGGUGGUAAGAAAGAAAUAGGAGGUGCUUUGAAGAUGAAAAAGAUCAUCUCCCUAGUUAGCGUAGAUGUGUCUAGAACUUGUACUAUUGGAAUACGGGAACAUUGUACUGAUUUGAUGGACUUGUUGGAUUCUAUGAGAUUGUAUUGUAUAAGUCCAUUUUGUUUUUUC